UCGGCACGAAAUAACAUCUUGCAUCUGGUUUGACAACGACAUUUUUUCGUUUAUUUUUUCUCAUCUUGCUUGUGUGUAUGUGUAUGGUGUAUUUUGUGUACUCUACCUGUCUGUUGAUUGACAGCCAUAUUUAGAAUCAUCAUCCUUUUCAAGAUAAUCAACAUAAAUCGCAACAACAAUAGACAAUAAUGGCUAAAUCGGUAAAUGGUGGUGGUGGUGGUGUCGUUGAUGACAAUGAUAAUGAAACAACACCCAUUUGUCGUUGUCGUGUCCUAUAUCUUGGUUCAGCUGUGCCACAUAUAACCAAAGAUGGUUUGCAAGGAAUUCAAGAACCAUUAAAAGAUCUUUAUCCUGAACAAGGUGUUUUUUGGAAUACAGAUCGUGAUCAUAAUGCCACUGGUAUUGAUUCAUGGCUUUCAGUUUGGUCAAACGGUAUAUUAGUUGAAAAUGUUGACGAUAAAGGCAAUACGAUAAGACGUUUUCAUCCAAUCGAAUCAUUACAUUAUUGUGCUGCAGUACGUUAUGUGUCCGUACCGACAAAUGAUUCAGCAUCAACUAAAAAUGGUUCAUCAAAUGAUUCGAAUAAAAUUGCCAAAUUUUUACCAUUAGAUAGUCCUUUUUCAAAAAGUUCUGCGAUCGAUCCAAUGAAAAUGGGACAUCCACCAUUAUUUGCCUGUAUUUUACGACGUACUUCUGGUAUAAAAGUUUUAGAAUGUCAUGCAUUCAUAUGUAAAAAAGAAGCAGCAGCUAAUGCAUUAGUACGUUGCUGUUUUCAUGCUUAUGCCGAUACAAUGCAUGCUAAACAAAUUGAACUGGAAAGUCCAUACGAACAAUUGGAUAGACGACGUUCAAGAUCAAUUGGAUCAGCAUUAGAUUCGCAAUCAUUAAUCGAUGAUAAAAUUAAUACAUGGCAAAAAAAUUCAAAUGGUGGAUCAUCAACAGGAUCACCCGAUGAAACAAAUGGUUUUGGUGAAACAAGAUCCAUAUCGAGACAAAAACAACAACAACGUACACCAUCGGUAGCUUCGUUAGUUAGUCAUUCGAUGGCUGCCGAACAUCACCAUCAUCAUCCACCAUUGCCACCCCCACCUCAUCAUCAUCAUCAUCAUGGUCUACCGAUGAUGGGUCUACCUGAACCAAUCUACGGCAUACCACCAUCUGGUACAUUACGUAGCGUUCGAUCAUUCAUUUCAUUAGCUGCAUUAAAAAGUCAUAAAAAAUCACGUUCACGACAAAUGCCAUUGCCAUUUGCUCAUGGUCUACAGCCACAACCACAACUUCUUCCGCCUCCCCCACAACCUGUGAUGUUUGCAACAUUAUCAAAAAAAGAAUUGAAAAAAGUACUAAAAAAAGAAAGCACACUGAAACGUAAACAUAAAUAUAAAGAAUUUCCAGUCCCAUUCGGAUAUCCUGCACCACCACAACCUCCACAAUUUAUAUAUGGUCCACCACCACCAUUACCACCUCAUGGAAUUCAUGGUCCAAUGCCAAUCUAUGCUCCACCCAUGGGGCCUUCGUAUUAUGGAACAAUCGAUAGUCGUAAAAGUCGAGUGCCAUCAUUACCUCCACCGCCACCACCCACAUCUAAUAUGAUAAAUGAAAACGGACAUUAUUUACCUCCACCACCAAUUCCACCUUCUUCAUCCAGUCAUUUCGAUGAGCCAAUCUAUAUGCCUGCUGUUCCAUCACCAAAUGGAACGCUUCGACCUGUUACACCACAUGGCGACCCAAUUUAUUUUGAAGGUCGUAGUGGUAAUGGACCACCAAUGCCAAUGCCAAUUCAUCAUCAUCAUGGAGGACCACCAGGACCAAUGUUUAUGGGACCAGCACAUCCGCAAAUGCUUCCAUGUACCUUAAUACCAACAUUAAGUCGUAAGGAAUUGAAAGAAUUGGAAAAACAGAAAGCAUUGAUGAAAAAAGCAGCCAAAAAAGAGAAAAAGAAUGCCAAAAAGAAUAAAAAUCAACAACAACCACAACAGCAGCAGCCGCAAGUCCUAAUGAAUGGUAAUGGUCAGCUUUAUAUUGAAGAACCACCACCCGGUGAUUAUUAUCAACCCCGAUCAUAUGGAUAUCCACCUGAAGAAAUCGGGGAUCCCGACGAAUCUAUUAUAUCACCGUCGGAAAUGCAACUAUCAUCUGGAAAUUAUAGUAACGCAUCCACCGGUGGUGGCGGUGGUGGUGGAAUAUAUAAAAAGAAAGGUCAUCUUAAUGAACGAGCAUUUUCCUAUUCGAUAAGACAAGAACAUCGUUCACGAUCGAAUAGUCUUUCAAAUUUGGCAUUUGAAAAUGGGCCAAAUAAUGGUGGUGUACCCAAUGGUGAGAAUGAAUCACAUAACAACAGUUCGGUUAGUUUAAAAAGUCAAACGAAUGCUAUGGCUGCUGGUCAACCCGUUCCAAAUGGUAUAAAAAUGAUGAAUGGCAAUGGAUCGAUACCGUAUGAGCAACAACAUUCCAUGGGUAAUGGACGAAUUGCAAUGAAUAAUGUCCAUCAUAAUGGCGGACCAAUGAUGAUGGAUAUGAAUGGUCCAAUCGAUCCAAAUACAUUGGCAACACGUAUGUCAAAUCUAAGCCUUAAAAAUGGUUAUGGACCAAACAAUCCACCACCACCACCUCCUCCAUUACCUUCAAAUGGUUAUCAUUAUCAACAACGAACAGCAACAAUCAAACGUCUUUGAAUGUUUAAACCAUGAUUUUUCUAUCAUUUAAACAAAAUUUUGUGAUUAUUUCGACAAUAAAAUUGUUCCUAUUUAUUA